CCGCAAAAAAGUACCAACUUUCGAGCUGGUGGCCAUCAACAUCAACAUCAACAUCAACAUCAACACCAGCAGCCUCCACAACUUGCGACCAAUUUCGCGUCGGGCUAUCGAGAUUUCGAGGCUUUCGAGUUCGCCAUGUUGGCGGCCGCCGCACUGCAGCAUCAUCAACACCAUCGCGCUCUUCAGAUGCACCAGACGGUCGCCAGAACGCCGAGAUCCACGCCAAACGGCGACUUGGAGCCGGCAUUCGUCAGCCCCGGCAACCACAGUUGUCGUGGUGAUGUCGGUUUCGAGAAGAGCUCACCGCAUCGCGACAUCUCGGCCUUGGCGCUGGCCUCCAGAGCGCUCAUCAACGCUCAAGCGGUAUCGUGGAUGACCGAUUUGACAGCUUCCCUAUCAACCGGAUCGGCGUCUGUCGCCGGUGGCGGCCUUCUCUCGUCGACGUCACAGCAACAAUACCAUCCAGCCUCGGAGACCACUUUCGCACAGACCGGCUGUAACGGACGCUCGCAGAUGAACAGUCCCAACCCGAUGAAUGCCAAAUUGGAGGUCGCGGGUCAGAACCACUCAUCAACACAACUUUCCGCACCUCUGUUCGCCCAAGAUCGAGUCCCACCUCGGCCCGUAGGCACACCUUCCGCCCGACACACCAACACGGCACAGGACAAGCUGACCUCUCGACGGGUGUGUCUCAACAAAAGUCUACCUUUGGUGCAUCUGCUUUCACAACCGGCACAUGCAGCAUCCUCCAGUCAGCUGCAUCCUCACAUGCAGGCCUACUCGGAGCAUCAAUUCGCGCACAGUCAAGCCUCGUCGUUUUCACCGCCUCCUUCACACCUUCACAAUCAUCAACAGCACACUCACUCUUCCCUCCAUCAGACCCAUCAGCAUCAUCAGCAUCAUCAGCAUCACUCGCAAUCGUUUCAUCCCAGUCAGCAUGCGCUACCCUUUGCUCUGGGGCACAGUCUCCCCGUCAACUCGGGACAACACGACCAUUUGCCCACUCCGACCGGGUUGACGCCCAACGGUGGUACAGCAAGUCCGGCAGACAGCGAGACAGGCACUGAGGAGAUCGGCUCACAGACGCUCUACGAUGGUACA